UUUGUAGUUAGGUUAAGUAAAAUUUUGAAAUGAUCAAGAAAAAAAAUUAUAAAUCUUCUCAGAAAAAUAAAAAUAGAUCUAUAGGAUUUGAAAGCAUGGGGUUUAGCUGGCCAUUAUACAAAGGAAUUCAAUUUAAAGGAUAUAAAAUUCCAACACCUAUUCAACGAAAAGUAAUUCCAUUAAUAUUAAGUGGCAAAGAUAUUAUAGCCACAUCCAGAACUGGAAGUGGAAAAACUGCUGCAUUUUUGUUGCCAAUUUUGCAGAAGAUAAAUGAUAAUAAGUCUUUAAAAAAUAAUAAAAGAGAUAAAAAUAUUGAUCAAAAUGAAUUUACAAGGAACAAAGUUAAUGGGACAAUAGGCUCUUCAAUAAAGGCAAUAAUAAUUUCACCUACCAGAGAAUUGGCUGUUCAGACUUUUAAAUUUGCUAAAGAAUUUGCAAAAUUUACUGUAGUAAAGUCAGCCUUAAUACUUGGCGGUGAUAGCAUGGAAGGUCAAUUUUCGCUAUUACAUGGUAGUGCACCUGAAGACUUACCAGACAUCAUUAUUGCCACUCCAGGAAGAUUGUUACAUUUAUUGGUGGAAAUGAAAGUUGGCAGAUUGUAUAAUGUUAAAUUUUUGGUUUUGGAUGAAGCUGAUAGGCUAUUAGAAUUAGGCUUUGCCCCUCAGAUAUCUUCCCUUGUUCAAGAACAUCUACCUUCUCAAGCAUCUUGCUCUUCUUUUUCCCUCAGGCAAACACUAUUAUUUUCUGCAACUUUUUCUUCUCAAAUGGCCUCAAAUUUUACUUCCUCCGUUGAAACCUCCUCUAUUUUCCCUGAUCUUCCUUCCCCCUUCGUUUUUGUCAAAUGUGAUGCUGAAUACAGAAUGAGUCCUGAAUUAAGCCUACAAUUUUUAGCUUGCAAAGGCACAAAUCAGUUGCACAGUGGGGAUGGCACGGAUAAAAUUCAUUGUUUGUUCCGGUUGAUUGAAAGUUUUAUAAGUGAAAACUCUAAUAAACAAUCGCCAAAAGAAAAGGAAGUGGUAGGGAAUAUAUUUAAAAAUUCAUUUCCAGAUAGAAGGCCAGCAGCUAACUCGAUAUUCAAUGAAAAUAGUGACAUAAAUGAUAAAAAUACAAAAAAAUAUAGCAUAGAUGACGAUAAUAAACACUUUGGCUUGGAUGCCCAAAAAGGCGAUAAAAAAUGGAAGAUUUUAGUAUUUUUGCCCACGAAAUAUCAUGUCGAUUAUAUCAGAGAGCUAAUAUUGGCUCGUUUAGGAAUCGAAUGUACCUACGUAUACAGCUCGUUAGAUGCUUCAGCCAGAAAAACGAACAUAUCGAAAUUCAGGGAAGGCAUUUCAGAAAUUAUGUUGGUCACGGAUAUAGCUGCCAGAGGCUUGGAUAUACCCUUACUCGAUUGCGUUAUAAACUUUACUUUUCCAUCCUCCCCAAAGCUAUUUUUGCAUAGAGUCGGCCGAGUCGCCAGAGCUGGUAACAAAGGAACCGCUUAUUCCCUUAUCUCUCACCAAGAACUCCCUCACGUAUAUGAUUUCUUGAAUUUCAUCGGGCACGAUUUGCUCUAUUACAGGGCUGGAAUGGGAUCGCUGGACGAAAUAACUCAGGAAAGGCAUGAUCAAGGCUUAACUAGAUCGUUCCACUUAUUCGGAAGUAUUCCCGAUCAUUUAAACUCCUUUUCCGAUUACAAGGUGACGGAUAAUGCGAAUAGCAUUGAUAAAAACGAUUACAACCUCUCUAACUUGGCCGCCGUAUGUGACAGAGCUCUUCUAAAAUUCCUUAAAUCCCAAACUCGACCCACUAAUGAAGCAAUCAAGAGACUUAAAGAAGAGUAUUUGAACAAGGGCGGAGCCUUGAUGCUUAGAGCCCACCCUAUUUUCGUCGAUCAGGAUGAAAAUGCUGAACGAGCAGACGAUAAAUUGCGGUUUUUAGCCCAGCUUAAGAACUUUAAAAAAAAUUGUCAAAACAACAAAAACAUAGCAUUUCCAAAUUUGACCACACAAUCCCAAAAGCCCCGAAAAUCCGUCAAGCGUUCGAUCUCUUUACAUUUUCCUCGAAAUACCGUAGCUCCUAUAUUGAAUUACACCGCAACGCGAGGAAAAUUCGCGAACCCAGCUUGUUUUGUUCCUUACGCCCCUCAAAAUAACGUUAUCCAAAAGGCGGAAGAUCAUGUGCUCGAUAUAGGUUAUGAUGACGGUACUACCCCCAGGAAUACAAAAAACGAAAGGAAAGGAAUAAAAGAAAAAAUGGUAUGGGAUUCUAAGCGGAAAAGAUUCGUGAAUGCUAACGACCUCAAAUCUAACCGCAAAAAGCAAAAAAUAGUUAACGAGAGUGGGGUUAGAGUCUUGGGAUCGCGCAGCAAACCCGAGAUAUAUCUAAAUUGGCUCAAAAAAACAAAUGGGGGUAGCGCUCUUUAUUGUCAACUCAAUGAUAAUGCCCCCAAUAAACAAUCUGAUCAAAAUUACGAAGCAGACAAUGAUGAAACAAAUGAAAUCGAAACACUAGGCAAUCGCAAAAGGGUUCUUAAUAAUGAUUGGAGAAACCGGCCUAAAUUUAGAGGAUCUUUUAAUAAUGUCCUUAAAUGCAAUAAACCGAAUUUCUCUAAAAAUUUUGGUAAUAGGAAAAGUAAGCUUUCUAGUAAAAACAAAGGAGGCCCCGAAAGGGCCUUGGGCCUUAGAAAACCCGAGCAGGUAUUCAAAGAACGAUAUAAGAAAGAGAAGAAACAAGCAUUUGCAAAUUACAGGAAAAAUAUUAACGCGUCCAAACAUCAAAAGAAGUCUAAAGGAAAACUAUAAUAUUUUUUUAAAAAUUAAGGAUUUUGUAUAUCAUUACAGAGCAAAUGUAUUUAAUUAUAUUUUAAAAUAAAUAAAUCGUCGAUUUCAUCAUUUUAUAUAAAUAUA